AUUCCAUCACUACCCAGCUGUUUUGCGAAAUAAACAACUCACAUCCAAUUGUUGACAAAAGUACUUUAAAAAAGGCUAAAUAAACAAUUGGGCAAUCUCUAAGAGCUGGAGAACCGCAGAUUGUACUACUCCAAAAGUGAUGGAUAGCCAGGCUCCCAUCGAUGAUCUGCUCCUGGACAUUGUAGACAAUGCUUGGCGCAUGGAAGUUCUGCCCUUCGAUCAGAUUCUAGUGCCCCAGGAAAAGCUACCCGAUCCAGAGGCCGACGGCGGUGAUUCACACUUAACACUUAGCGAGCAGGAACAAAAGUGGACUGAUUUGGCACUGGGUUCGCUUGCACCGGAUGCGGCCCUUAUCGAUCAGCUCAACAUUACCUCUAUCUAACCAAGGACC